AUGGCCAAGAAUUUCUUCAAAACAGGUAGGCUUCCAAAAGGAGUCAAUCAUGCUUAUGUUCAUCUAAUUCCGAAGACAGCUUCCCCAGUUGGCUUCAAAGAUUUCAGGCCUAUUAGUUUGAUUCACAACAUUUACAAGAUAAUGACUAAGGUUCUUUCUAGCCAUCUGAAAGCGGUUAUGCAUGACCUUAUCAGUGAGAAUCAAACAGCUUUCUUGGCAGGGAGGCAAAUAAUUGAUGGGUUUUUGGUUGCCAAUGAAGCAGUUCACUCCUUGAAAAGAUACAGAGUGUCAAGCCUUAUGUUUAAGGUGGAUUUUCACAAAGCUUUCGAUAGUGUGCAAUGGGAUUAUUUAGAGCAGAUUAUGAGGCAUAUGGGUUUUGGUGAAAAAUGGAUUAAUUGGAUCAAUACUUGUAUCUCCACUGCAAAAUUAUCAGUGCUGAUUAAUGGAUCUCCUUUUAAGGAAUUCUUGAUGGGCCGUGAGAUUCGCCAAGGUGACCCCCUUUCUCCAUUUCUUUUUCUAAUUGCAGUAGAGGGAUUAUCUGUUUUGUUUCAAAGAGCCGCUUCAAAUGAUCUUUUCAAAGGUAUCACUUUUAGAGACAACUUUUGCCUCAGUCACCUACAAUAUGCAGACGACACUUUGAUCUUCAUGCCUGCUAAUCUUCAUAUGGUCAAAACAGUUAAAAGGAUCCUGUUGUGGUUCGCUAUUUGUUCAGAUUUGAUUCCUUGCCUUGCUCUUAUCUGGGCAUGCCUUUAG